CGGCGGCGGCCAAUGGGGCGGCAGUCCGCCUGCGCAGAUUCAAACGGUGGCUCUGGAAGGAGGCUGGGCGCGAGAUUCGGCGGCACGAACCAAACCCGCCGCAAGCGCGGCGGUGGCGGCGCAGCCCGAACCGCGGGGCCGGCGGCUCGGGGCGGGGGGGGGCCGGGACGUGGCCGGGCGGGGAGGCGGCGGCUCGGGGCAGGGAGCGCCGCCGGAGCCCGCGGCGGCUCUGACAGGGGCGAGAAGGCGCAGCGGGGCGAGAGCGGGGCCGCUGCGCGUCCCGUCCUCGCGGGCGGGGGCCGGGCCUAGCCAUGCCUGCCGCGGCGGGAGCGGGGCCGGGCCGGGGCUGAGGGCGGCAGCCUGUGGGCUGUGGAUGCCGCGGAGCUGCGCGGGGAGGGGGGAGCUGCCGGAGGAGCCGCGCCCGCCCGAAGCCACCCUGAGCCGCCAGCCGCCCGCCGCCGCGCCGUCCCGCCCGCCGCCCCGGAGCCAGCGGGGUGGCUGCGGGAGGAGGAGCCCGGGCGGGGGCUGCCCCCUGCUGCCUUGGCGCCCCCCCCUAUGGUGCGCCCCGAGGAUGGCGAAGAGACCGCGCAGUGAGGAAGAUGAUGAUGACCUUCAAUAUGCAGAUCAUGACUAUGAAGUACCACAGCAAAAAGGACUGAAGAAGAUAUGUAACCGGGUGAAAUGGACACGUGAUGAGGAUGAAAAGCUGAAGAAGCUGGUAGAGCAAAAUGGUACAGAUGAUUGGGCUUUCAUUGCUAGUCAUCUACAGAAUCGUUCAGAUUUUCAGUGCCAGCAUCGAUGGCAGAAGGUACUAAACCCAGAACUGAUUAAAGGUCCCUGGACUAAAGAAGAAGAUCAGAGGGUUAUUGAAUUAGUUCAGAAGUAUGGUCCAAAGCGCUGGUCUUUAAUUGCAAAACACCUAAAAGGAAGAAUAGGCAAGCAAUGCAGAGAGAGAUGGCAUAACCAUCUCAAUCCUGAGGUAAAAAAGUCUUCAUGGACAGAAGAAGAGGACAGAAUAAUCUAUGAAGCUCACAAGCGUUUGGGAAACCGAUGGGCUGAAAUAGCAAAACUUCUUCCUGGAAGGACAGAUAAUUCCAUUAAAAAUCACUGGAACUCAACAAUGCGGAGAAAGGUGGAACAGGAAGGAUAUCUACAAGAUGGUAUAAAAUCCGAAAGAGCUAGUUCAUCCAAACUUCAGCACAAACCUUGUGCAACUAUGGAACACUUGCAAACUCAGAGUCAAUUUUACAUACCUGUUCAGACACAUAUUCCAGCAUACCAAUAUGCCUCACCAGAAGGCGGCUGUAUAGAACAUGCUUCAGCUUCUUCCAGCUUAAUUCAGCAAUCAUUUAUUGAUGAUGAUCCUGAUAAAGAAAAGAAAAUAAAGGAACUUGAAUUGCUGCUUAUGUCUGCAGAGAAUGAAAUCAGAAGAAAACGAGUAUCAUCUCAAGCAGGAAAUCUGCCUAGUUGGUCUGGAAGUUUUGUCAUGGAAGACGGUGUGUCUAAUACCCUAAAUAGCCUUGGGGACCAAACAAGUGAAUUCUACAGCAUGGAUGAGACCCAGGGUGCAUCUGUUCAGCAGAAUUCACCCACUAAGUAUUUGGCUGUGGAAGCAAAUGCAGUUUUAUCAUCUCUACAAACCAUUCCAGAAUUUGCAGAGACACUAGAGCUUAUUGAAUCUGAUCCUGUAGCUUGGAGUGAUGUCACCAGUUUUGACCUUUCAGAGACUGUUGCAUCUCCUGUCAAGCCAGCUCCAGUAAAACUAAUGCGAAUUCAACACAAUGAAGGGGCUACGGAGUGCCAGUUUAAUGUUAGUGUUGUGCUUGAUGGCAAAAAAGCCAGUGGCAUCGGUGGUGAGGAAGAAGCAGUUUUUUCAGCAACCCCAAACCUAUCCAAAUUCAGCACUCCACCUACUAUCCUAAGAAAGAAAAAGAGAUUGCGUGUUGGGCAGUCACCAGUUAAUGAACUGAAUGAUGGCUUAUGUAAUGAUGCCAUCAAUGUUGCACUAAAGCACACACCAGUGAAAACACUACCAUUUUCUCCAUCCCAAUUUUUCAAUACUUGCUCUGGAAAUGAACAAUUUAACCUUGAAAAUCCUGCAUUUACAUCAACUCCAAUCUGUGGGCAGAAGGUUCUAAUUACAACUCCUCUGCACAAGGAAAUGACACCAAAAGAUCAAAAGGAAAAUGCAGGUUUUAGAACUCCUACGAUUAGAAGAUCUCUGUUGGGUUCCACACCAAGGACACCGACUCCUUUUAAAAAUGCUCUGGCUGCUCAGGAAAAAAAGUAUGGCCCCCUCAAACUAAUGUCACAACCACUUGCCUUCUUGGAGGAAGACAUUAGGGAAGUUUUGAAAGAGGAAACUGGAACAGACAUAUUUUUCAAGGAGGAAGAUGUCUCUGUUUAUAAAAGCUGCAAGCAAGAGCACAAUUCUACUAAGAAAGUCAGAAAAUCAUUGGUCCUAGAUCCAUGGGAAAAAGAAGAGCUUGGUGCCCAACUCUUCACUGAAGACAGUAGUUUGGAUGUACAGUCAGAAAACGUAUAUACCACAUCUUUAUUAAUGAUACCAUUGUUGGAAAUACAUGACAACAGAUGUAACCUGACAUCAGAAAAACAGGAUACAAAUUCAGCAAACAAAGCAAAUGCAGUAAUUAAGAAGAAAUUGAAUGCAUGUGCUUCAAAAAAUUUCAGAAUGGAAAGAUCUCUUCAGUCAAAUUGUGAAUGGGAAGCAGUUGUUUACGGAAAAACAGAAGACCAGCUUAUCAUGACUGAACAAGCAAGAAGAUAUCUGAGCACUUAUACAGCUACCAACAGCACUUCAAGGGCUCUGAUACUGUGAUGAUCACUGCAACUGACAACCAUCUCUUUCCGUUGUAAUUAACAUGUCUUGAGAGAGACUCCGGCAAAAUACUUGUAAAUUAAGUCUUUAUUUUGAGACAGCCUUCUAAGGGAAACCUUAAAGCUUCCUUUCUUUUUUGAUAGACAAAGAGCAGACAUGAAGCUUUUGCCUUCUUUAUGAAGGGACAGUACAAACAAUUCUUCAAUGAAUCCCUUAAAUAUGUUUAAAAAAACCUCUAAAAUAAUAUAAAAAGAAUGGUAAAGUCUUGCAGUGCAUGUCAACAUACAGUUAUUAGGUCCAUUUUUCAUAUUUAUUCUUUUGAUUUGCAUUGCUUUUUUUUUCCCUGUUAAUGCAGUUUCAACAUUGAGUAGGCAUAUAGAUCCUUACUGAUUUCUGAAUGAGCAACAUAUGUGACUGAAUGUGCUUUUGCUUGUGUAGCAUUUUUCUAGUAUAUAAAGAAACACAAUGGAAAGGAGUAUAAAGGAAGGAUAGAAAGUUGCACUACUAAUUUUUUGGUAUGCUGCAAAAAAAAAAGUAACUACAGUGUUAAAUAUAUUUAUUUGGGAAUGGUACUAGAAAUAGGCAGAGGGGGUGAAUUAGGAUUUAGUGUAAAGCAUCAGUAUUUUCUUCAUAAAUCUCAAAAUGAGAUGAUUGAAUGUAUUGUACAGUUUGUAGGAGCAGGGAAAAAUUUGUAAAUUGGAAAGGAGUCUGUUUUUAUAAUUUAUUUUCAUUUUAAAGCUUAAAUGUAGAUAUUUAUGUGUAUGCAGGUUGUCUAGAAGCCAACGUUGUUUCCUGUUAUAACAGCUCAAAUGGAAAAAGGACAAGUUUAACUUUUACCUUAAAGUAUGGAAUAGCAGAAGAAUUCCAGUGGUGAAGUGUACAAAUCUAUACUGUAUGUUACAUCUACAUAAAGAUUGCACUAUAAAGCCUUAAAUCAUGUUGGUCUAUGAAAUGGUUACAAGGUAUAUCUGUAUUAUACAGUAACUGUUCCUGUAACUUGCUAAAUAUAUUUAGCAAGCAAGCUUAGGGUCCUAUAUGUGACCUGGGAGUACUUUGUCUUGCGUAGGAACUAAAAAUUAAUGCAUUUUAUUAUAACUUUUUUUUUAAAAGGAACUUGGCACCUUGUUUCUCAAAACAGUUGUAUCUGCACUUACGUUUGACCGUUAUAUAUUUACUAAAUAUUUGAAGAGCAAAGAGAACAUUCUUUUAUUUAUGAAAAUCUUUUUGUCCUUAUUUAAACAUAUACAGGUCACAACAGUUGCUUUAGUUGCCUAUUUUAGGUAUUUGCACUUAUUUUGUUUUCUUUUUUGAAGGAAUGUCUUGGUUUGCUUUUGUUGUAGAGAUUUUCAUGUAGUUAAUUUCUAGCAAAUUAUAAUGGUGUGCUAUCGGCGAAUACUGACAGGUAAUAGAAUUGUACACUGUAGCUUUAGCUAUUUAUAAUUCAAACACUCUUCCUCUCCACUCCCGGGUGUGCUGCUAUAGAUAGUGGCAGAAUCGGCUUGCUGCUAUGAGAGGUGGAAAGAGCGAGCAUCAUAUGCACUGUAUGUAAAACUACAAAAAUGAUGUCAGGUUCUCUAGUUAACUUUAUGAGAUCAACCAGUACUAUGCAGGGUGUGGAAAGUAUUCCUAUCACUUUAAUAUCAAAGAUGGUAGCAAUAGUUUUUUGAUGGAAAAUUGUAACAUAUGAUGAGUGGCACAAGGAAGGUAAUUGGUUCUUAAACUUUUUUAAACAUCUCAAAGCUUAUACAAUCCUUAUUUUUAGGAGCUUUUUGAUAUUAAAUGUUUGCCUAGCUAUGGCAGUAGUAGGCAUAAAAACAUUUUUAGCAAUUUUUAAUUCAGAUGAAAAUUUUAAGGGGUGGGAGGGGGAAUCCAGUAAGCAGGGGGAUCACAAAACACCCAUUAUGCCAGCAUUACUCCACACCUAUGAAAAUGGGGAGGAGGCGACUGGGAUUCUUGGCAGUAGUAGGUUUAGGUGUGUUCAGUUUCAGAAUGGAUUUAACAACAAAAAUGCUGUUUCCAGCACAAAAUGAAUUCAUGAAGGACGAAACAUAUUGAGAGAGAAUAAAUAUCUAAAAUCUGGAUGGUAUUUCAGUAGAAUUGGCAUCACCAAAACUGCUUAUACCAAGUUUAAGUGUAGAUUUAUGGUAAGUAGUAUUAAUUUGUGUUAGUAUUGGUUGGAUCGUCUAGUUAACUCCUACUUUGUUGCUUUAGCAAGAAGGUUUUAAUCUUUGAUAUGUCGGGCAUCUUUUAUUACUUUUUGAAUGUUGUGUGCAUUUGCAUUUCUUUCAGUUUAUAAGUAGAUUGUACAUGCAGCUGCCAAACUUGCAUGAAAACUAAAUACAUAUUAUUCCAUUUUUUUUGUUUUAAGGUUUGACAUAAUGUACAACAAAUGCCUUGAUUAAUCUCAGUUUUUGUUGUACUAUAAACUUGUUUUAUGUAAGAAUCUCACAUACAAUACAGACCAUAUUAAUGUCAGAAAUAAAGCUUCAUUGUACCAGGUUA